CCAGCCUCGCCUCGCCAGCCCCCCGAUUCAAGGCGCACACGCGCCCCGCCUGGGCGCACUCGCGCCACUGCCCGAGCUCGCUCGCGGGAGCACCCGCCGCGCCACCGCCACGCCAUGGCCGCGCGGUGCGGCCGCGGCGCGCUGCCGCUGGCCCUGGUGGCGAUCUCCGCGGCGCUCGUCACCUACAACGCGCUCCUCUCCUCCCGCUCCGGCCUCCUGCCCCUCACCUCCUCCUCCUCCUUCCCCACCGCCACCGCCUCGUCCUCCCGCCGCUUCGGCGCCGCGGGGUCGGCCGGGCGGCCGAGGCCGUUCCACACCGCGGUGACCGCGUCGGGGUCCGCGUACAACACGUGGCAGUGCCGCGUCAUGUACCACUGGUUCAAGGAAGCGCGCCGGGCGCCGGGCGGCGGCGAGAUGGGCGGGUUCACCAGGAUCCUGCACUCCGGGAAGCCCGACGAGUUCGUCGACGAGAUCCCCACCUUCGUCGCCGACCCGCUCGCCGAAGGGGAUCAGGGAUACAUUGUUCUGAAUAGGCCGUGGGCAUUUGUUCAGUGGCUUCAGAAGGCAGACAUAAAGGAAGAGUAUAUCUUGAUGGCAGAGCCUGAUCAUAUUAUUGUCAAGCCUAUCCCAAAUUUGUCAAGGGAUGGUCGCGCAGCAGCUUUCCCUUUCUUCUAUAUUGAGCCAGAGAAAAAUGAGAAAGUGUUGCGUAAGUUCUUCCCUGAAGACAAGGGGGCAAUCACUAAGAUUGACCCUAUAGGAAAUUCUCCUGUGAUAAUUGAGAAGGAAUCCCUUGCAAGGAUUGCACCUACAUGGAUGAAUAUUUCAAUUGCGAUGAAAAAAGAUCCUGACGCAGAUAAAGCUUUUGGCUGGGUUCUUGAAAUGUAUGGAUAUGCUGUAGCAUCUGCUAUUCAUGGAGUGGGCAACAUCUUACGCAAGGACUUUAUGAUUCAGCCACCUUGGGACUUGGAAGUUGGUGAUGCUUUUAUCAUACAUUAUACUUAUGGGUGUGAUUAUGACAAUGAGGGUAAACUGACUUAUGGCAAAAUUGGAGCAUGGAGGUUUGACAAGAGGCAGUACAUGGAGAAACCUCCACCUAGAAAUUUACCAUUACCUCCAGAUGGUUUACCUAACCGUAUACCUCAGAGUGUGGUUACACUUGUGAAAAUGGUCAAUGAAGCAACAUCCAGCAUACCGAACUGGGACUCUUAUGCAGCUGGUUGAGCUUUUACAGAUCUGGCUAGCCAAUUCAGUUUGCCAAAUGUUUCCAUGGUGGUACAUGAUCUUGCCGAACAUGGAAGCUGGGUGGCUGACAACCAUGGGAUGCAAUGAUAUAGAGGUUUACCAGGCUACUACCGGCUCCUGACCUUUCUGCCUGAAUUUUGCUGAGAAUGUCUGGCGCAGAGGCGCUGGUUCGUUUCUGUUAGGAGAAUUUUGUGGAGACAAAAAUGUAUGGUGACCAGUCUUUUCCAUUGAUCUCAAGAGUGCACCUAUAUAGGGAUUACAUGCUGCAGAUGUUACAUCUAACAUAAAUGUAAUGUUACAAAUUCCAUCUCUAACAGCUUAAUAAACAGCCUUAACAAUGGCUGUUACUGCAGCCUUAACAAUGGCUGUUUACUAUUGUCUUAACCAUGAGAUUCAUGGCCUCAAUUGUAACUGUUGUAUUGAUGAGAUCAAAUAAAGUUUUGUAACACUCCCCUUUUGAUCGAGU